AUGGAAAUCUUGAAGGCAAUACACUAUGGAGACGCAGGGAACCAUAGUGGAGGAAGAUCUUUAGCUUACAAAACAAAGAUGCAAGGGUACUACAGGCCCUACAUGCAUGAGGAUGCAAAAGAGGUAUCAAGGAAGUGUGAAGAAUACCAACGUCAAGGGAAAAGGAUACAUGCACCAGGAGCGACGCUAAACUCAUCAACAAUCUCUGAUAAUGGAAAGCAAUUUGAGGGCGAAAACAUAAAAAUGCUGCUUAACGCGUUCAAGAUCCAAAAUGGAAAGUCAACUGCUUUAUAUCCGCAGAGAAAUGGACAGGCGGAAGCAACUAAUAAAAUAAUUACGGAUAUAUUGAAGAAGAAGUUGUAA